CGCUAGUUGUGGAUUUCAGGUAACAAAUCAAUUAGCGUAUGAUGCUACUUCCAAAUGUAUCGCGGGAUUUGCAGAUAGCAAUUGUCAAGGCUUACCCUAAAAAUAUAAAAUCUUGUAAUGAUUGGCUUAGUUUUCUUAAUCAUAUGGAAAGAAAAGUUAGAUCAUUGGAUCGAGAGUCAACAGCGACUAACAUACUUUUAAAUUUAUAUGAAAGUGCUAUAGAUUCAUUAGAGGUGAAUUGGUCAGAUGAUAUAUAUCUUACCAUUUUUAUCAGAAGAGCAGUUUUAGCAUCAUAUGAGAAUUCGGACUGUGGUCCUGUACUUCUAAGCUUAUGUUCUAUAAAUGGACGUCGAAAUCCACAGUUGAUUGCGGCUGUCGCUUAUUAUUAUUCUAAACAAGGAGAUAAAAGUAGAGCUAAAAGUCUUUUAAACUCUACGAAAAAGUGUGUAGACACAUGUGGGGUGGAAUUGUUGUGUAAAGCCGAAAGUAUGCUGGAUACGGACGAUGAUUUCAAAUCGUUAUUAGGACCAUUUUAUUACAAACCAGACUUUGAUUUUCAAGAUAUAAAUUGUUCUCAGGCAAGUUCAAGUGGAGUUUCUUCAGUUCUGGAUUUUACUUGUCCAAAUGAUCACACAGGAGAACGUUCUCAGUCUGUGAUAGAUAUCAAUUUUGAACCGAAUGGAAAUUCACCAAACUUUCCUAGUCAUUGUAAUCCAGUUGAAUCAGUACAAAUAAUUGGCCCAGUCAAGGAUUCAUAUAAUUUUUCCCGGUUCCUCAAAUCCCCAGGGCUUCCAGAAGAAUUGUCAGUUAAUUCAGUCACAAGUAAUCCACAUAUGGAAUCAUUACAACAGCCUGAACUAUCCACCAUUGUUGGUUCGAUUAAAUUGAAUGGAAGUUGCGAAAAGGUAUUUCCGUUUAAUUCGGAUAAGGAAUUGAUUUCUGUCGGUGUGCAAACUGAGCUGGUCGAUCAAAGUGAACAAUUUAUUAUGGUUAAUGGUAAAAAGUAUCAAUUAAUUAAUGAAUUGGGACGGGGAGGUUCAUCAGUGGUGUAUUGGGCUAUGGACUCCGAUUUACAUCCAUGGGCAGUGAAAAAAGUUGAUUUGAAAAAUCUUACACAAGAAACAGUUAAGUCAUAUAUAAAUGAGAUUGAGAUGCUUAAAAGUUUGAUAAAUUCUGAAAGAGUUAUCCGACUAUAUGAUUAUCACUGUACAUCAGAAAAUCUCAUACUUGUUAUGGAGAAAGGAGAUUGUGAUUUGAAAAGUGUCAUUCUUAGCUUUUGGUCUGGUGGUGCACAAAAAUCGUCUCGUUCAUCAUCAGGUAUUAUUUCAUCUGGGAUUGUGUUCUAUUGGGAUCAAAUGUUACGGUGUGUGAAAGCACUUCAUGAUCGUCGUAUUGUUCACUUAGAUUUAAAACCACAGAACUUUGUUCUAGUCUAUGGACAGUUAAAGCUUAUUGAUCUGGGGAUUAGUCGUCUGUUACCAGAUGAUUCAACAACUGUAAAUCAUUGGCUAAAGUUGGGAACAUUAUCUUUUAUGAGUCCAGAACAGUUGGAAGAGGCUGCUGCUGCUACUACUCCUUCAUCCUCAUCUGGCCUUAAUCAGUCGUUUUUCUUGGGUCCUGAAGUUGACCAGGAAAAUCGUUUUAAGGUUGGACGUAAAUCGGAUAUUUGGUCAUUAGGUGUAAUCCUUUAUAUGAUGGUCUACGGUCAGUUACCGUUUAAUCAAGAUAAACUUCACUCUCGUCUAUCAGCUAUUAUAAGUCCCAGUGUAAAAAUAUCUUUACCAGCUAUCAAGAAUAAAUCUAUUUAUAAAGCAUUAGAACGAAGUUUAGUUCGAAAUCAUUUAGAAAGAGCAUCUGUUGAUGAAUUACUGAGUUAUGAAUAUGUGUCUAGUACAUCAGCUGCUGACUUAUGGUAGUGUUAUAUUUUCCUUUUAAUUCCUCAAUUCUAUUAUAUAUAUUCAGAAAAUAAUUAACAAGAGCACCCCAGUUUAUAUUCAUGAUUAGGUUGUGAUACCAAAAAGUCCUAUGAAGACAGUGAAUAAUAGCUUGAUAUUAUUUCACAUUUAUAUAAUUUUGUUGUAAUCUUAACUCAUCAGUGUCAUAUAUAUUCCGUUUUUUUCUUUCAAAAUUUUUUUAGAUGUCUGAAAAAACAGUCCGUUAUUCUUCAGUACUGGGACAUAUUUUUUUGUAUAUAAAUGUACAUAUUUCUUAUUUGUAUUAUUUUUUUGCAUUUCUAGUUUUGCAACCGAUUUAUAUCAUUUAGUAAUUUAUUUUCCCUUCUUUUGUUCAUUCUUUUUGUUUGUCACAAUUACUUUCCCGUGUUUACAUUGUUGUUUAUUUUCUUCAUUCAGUUAUGUAUUUCAGAGUAUCUGAAGACUCAAUCACAAUCAAUAUAUUGUAGUGUAUAAGUUUAUAAUAAUACUUAUCAUCAUACGAUGGAUUGGAUAUUUAUAUAAUAAAUUGUUUUCUUUUUUAUGACGACUAGUAAAUUAUGUUUCACAAACAUUUAUAACAUUUACCUAGUGUGACUUUUUGUCAUACGUUUAGCUAGUGAUUGUUCAAAAAUUUCAGGUCCCUAAUCCAAUAAAAUAACUAGGUCACCCUCCGUACUCGAUAGACUUGAAUCCCUGUAUUUUGGUUUCGUUCACUGUAAAAUAAUCAUGAAUAGGAUGAUUAGAUGUGAAACGGCGAAGCAGCCAGAAAGUCUGACUCUUAAUGACUUUCGUGAGUGCCCGGAGAAAUGAUUUAAAUGUGUUGUCAUAAAUGAGGGGUAUACUUUGAAGUAAAUAAGGUUGGUUUACCCCAAUGUACCAAAAAAUAUUUCUUUGAUCUCAGUCGACGUAUGUAUUGUUUUAGUUGUAAGGGAAGAUAUGUGUAGUUUGGAAUUUGUGUUCUAUAUCAACUUAUAAGUUAUCCCAAUACAUAGCCACAUGAACCUUGGCGUUCACCCUCCGUGUGCUUACAUUUGUCUAUUUGAAAAUAUUGUUUG